AGAGCGGCAUGCGUUCAUUUGUGCGCCUGUUGACCCGGCUCCUCAUCAACCCAAUGAGCGCCGUGGAGGGGAGGCUCUCUUCGCCGCCGUGCAUCUCUCCUCUAUCUCCUCCUCACUUUUCCAGUCGGCCAGCAAGCCUGUCGGAGCUCCUGCAACUACAACCCCAACACUGUCACUCCGCCUUGACAAACUGCAGGAAGGAUUUCUAGCCUCUCCGCGUUUUUUGCUCAUUUCCCCCAUCCGCCUCGAAUCAAACGCAUUGGACUUUCUUUUGCGUAUUUUCAAGGAGAGAAAAGAAAAAUAAAAAUAAACGGUGAAACGAUGCAGCAGCGGAAAAGGAUGCAAGUCUCACUAGUCUCCCCCUCCGAAUAAUGCCAAAUGGAUGUUGUGCUGGGCUCCUCACUCCCUCACCAACUGCUAUGGAGGCAUGCCAAGCCAUGCAAGUGACCUUUAUCACGCCAUGAAUGCAAGCUCCGCCGUUCAAAGAGGACACAAGUAACCUUUUCUUGUUAUCUAAGAAGGAGCUGUUGAUCUGAAGAGAGAGGCGCUGGAAACAAGAGGCCGAGAGAGAAGAGACUCGUAAAACAAUCAAACAAAACAAAAACACAACGACAGGAUGCCAAAGAGGUCCGAGGAGAUGCUGAUGGAUCUGUGGAUGUCCUUGCUGCUGGUGUGGAUUACUUGUGUUCCCUGCGUGUCUGCGACUCCUAUCAUAGGCCAGUCCAAAAGUACACAAACUGGUGGGUCCGCAGCGGUGGCGAGCGGUCCUGGCGAAGGACAAAGAUUACUGAGCCGCGCCAAGAGAGGAUGGGUUUGGAAUCAAAUGUUUGUGCUGGAAGAAUUUUCUGGACCCGAUCCAAUUCUAGUUGGCAGGCUACACACGGACUUGGAUGUGGGCGGCAAGAACAUCAAGUACGUCCUAGCGGGCGAGGGCGCAGGUACCAUCUUCGCCAUCAAUGAACUAACGGGCGACAUCCACGCCAUGAAGAGGCUGGACCGCGAGGAGAAGGCCGAGUACACGCUAACAGCCCAGGUGGUUAACGCCGACACGGACGAGCCCUUGGAGCCGCCGUCUGAGUUCAUCAUCAAAGUCCAGGACAUUAACGACAAUCCGCCGCAGUUCAACGAAGGCCCAUACCGAGCCUCUGUUCCAGAAAUGUCUGCUGUUGGUACCCCAGUUACCCGGGUAACAGCUACAGAUGCCGAUGAUCCAGUGUACGGGAACAGCGCUAAACUAGUCUACAGCAUACUGGAGGGACAACCAUAUUUCUCUGUAGACCCCAACUCUGCGACCAUAAAAAUUGCUCUUCAUGGGAUGGAUCGGGAGAUGAGAGAGGAGUACCUGGUGGUCAUUCAGGCUAAGGACAUGGGAGGACACAUGGGGGGCUUGUCUGGAACUACGACUGUCACCGUCACGCUAACGGACAUCAACGACAAUCCACCAAAGUUCUCUAAAAGUUUGUAUGAGUUUGUGAUACCUGAAGACCUACCCAUAGGGAAAAUGGGCGGCAAGGUGAAAGCAAAUGAUAGAGACAUCGGCGAAAAUGCCAAGUCAACAUAUAACAUCAUCGAGGGAGAUGACCAAGGCAUGUUCGAGAUUGUAACAGACAUGCAGACACAAGAAGGGAUUCUACGACUGAAAAAGCCUGUGGACUACGAGAGCAAGAGAGCCUUCACUCUGAAGGUUGAAGCCACCAACAUCCGCUCGGAGCCCAGCAGUGGUGGGCCCUUCAAGGACACAGCUACAGUAAAGAUCGUGAUAGAAGACUCAGACGAACCUCCUGUUUUCGUCAAACCAGUGUAUUUACUGGAAGUGAAUGAGAACGCCCCCAUCAACACGGUCAUAGGGACAGUCAAUGCCAGGGACCCAGACUCUACUGGAAGCCUUGUCAGGUACUUCAUCGAUCGGCACACGGACCUGGAGAGGCAGUUCAACAUCAACGUGGACGAUGGGAAGAUCACACUGGCCAAACCACUGGACCGGGAGACGGACAUGUGGCACAACAUAACAGUAACGGCCACAGAAGUCAGAAACCACAGUCAGAUAUCGAGGGCGAUUGUGGCCAUCAGAGUAAUGGACAUUAAUGACAACGCCCCAGAGUUUGCCACCGAAUACGAGGCCUUUCUGUGUGAAAAUGGAAAACCUGGACAGGUGAUCCAGACUGUCAGCGCGGUGGACAAAGACGACCCGAUCCAGGGCCACUACUUUGACUACCGUCUAGUCCCGGAGAUGCUCAACAACCCCAAUUUCACCAUCAAAAACAACCAAGACAAUUCAAUCAGUGUUCUGGCCAAGCACGAUACCUUCCGACGACAGAAACAGGAGAUGUACUUCCUGCCAAUCAUUGUGACGGACAAUGGGAAUCCACCAAUGAGCAGCACCAACACGUUGACCAUCCGGGUCUGUGGGUGCAGUAAGGACGGCAUUGUCCAGUCCUGUAACGUCGAGGCCUACGUCUUACCUAUUGGCCUUAGUAUGGGAGCUCUCAUUGCCAUCCUGGCCUGCAUUAUACUGCUGUUAGUAAUAGUAGUACUAUUUGUGACCCUGAGGAGACACAAGAAUGAGCCUCUGAUUAUAAAGGAUGACGAAGAUGUGAGGGAGAAUAUUAUCCGUUACGAUGACGAAGGAGGCGGCGAGGAGGACACGGAGGCCUUCGACAUUGCGACUCUGCAGAACCCGGACGGCAUCAAUGGUUACCUGCCACGCAAGGACAUCAAGCCCGACCUGCAGUUUAUGCCCCGAGCGGGACAGCACUCUGGCCCAAACGGCGUGGAUGUGGACGAAUUCAUCAAUGUACGGCUCCAUGAGGCAGACAAUGAUCCCACAGCGCCGCCUUACGACUCUAUCCAGAUCUAUGGAUACGAGGGCAGGGGAUCCAUCGCCGGUUCCCUCAGCUCAUUGGAGACGGCGUCGUCAGACUCGGACCAGAACUAUGACUAUCUCAGAGAGUGGGGCCCACGCUUCAGAAGACUUGGGGAGCUCUACUCUGUGGGCGAGAGCGACCGCGAGACCUGACCUUUGGUCUGUUAGAAAAAAAGACCUUUUCCGAUUUCUUUCCUGUCCACAUACUUGUGUAUUAAACGCUAGGGGGUUCGCUGGCUUUUAGAAACAGGUGUUUAAAAAAAACAAAAAAACCAGUUAAUAACAAGGGAGGCCACCUUUUUGUAUUCUUCUUAGAGUGAGGUAUAGCAGUCGUCAUCCACUACGUCAAGCGCAUUGUAAUUGUUGAGCCAAACAAUGUCUUUAUUAGGAGAUCUAUGAUUCUUGUGGAGUGUAACUUAGAUUCCGUUGUGGAGUGUCUAGCAGUAUUUUGGGUGUUAGUGAUUUGCUAUGACUGCCAGUAGCAGAAAAACCCUGAUAUUGCUGGUAGUUGCCUGAUGAAAGGAAAUCACGGAUGUUGUUGGGUUCCCUGAAGGUUCAGCAGACACUCCAUGCUCCAUGGACAACAAGCUGGACCUCAGAAGCUGCAGAGAGACUCUUAUUUCAUGUCUGCCGAAGCCACCCAGCUGGCCUGUGAUCUGAAACAAAAUGACAAUGAAAAAGCAAUAUAUGGUCUACAUUAAAAUGAUGAAUGUAUGUAUGAUUUGAAAAAAAAA